AUGAACGACGCUCUUGUGGAAGUUGACGGACUGUUUGCUGGUCUCAUAUAUCUCGAUGCGACCGAUCCCCCACUCCCCGAGAGAACUUCAAAGAACUGGCUUCAAAAUAGCCUUGCUGCUAAGUUGGACCUUAUCUGCCACGCGAGCGAAACGCGCCCGGAGACCGACACGUCGGACGCACCCUCUUCCACCAUCGAUGAGGGCGUCCUAGCCCGAGACGCCGCAUGGUCCUCUAUUCGGACAAUCCGAGACGGAAUGCAGAUUCUCUGGGAUCAUUUUGUCGAUGCCUCUCGGGUUCUGAGUACACCGACAAUUGUUAGCCUACGCAAGAGAUACCAUGACGCUCAAGGCCUUUGCUGUGCAGGAGUGUUUGCUUUCCGCCAUACCGUUAUUGACCAAAAGCCCGACGAUUUGGUCAGGGUAUUUGGCUUCUGUAGCUUAUCCUAUGUGGUCACCCAUCUUUUCUGUGCUCAAAAAAGGGCCGAAAAGACCGAUCUCCCAGCCGGUAUUCGUUCGUGGCGUGAUGCACUCAAGGAAGAAGACGAGCGACAAGCCUUUGAUGCUCUGACAAUCCAGAUGUGGCCAGAAGCACAAGAUCAUGUCCAUUUUCAGGAACUUGGCCCAAGGCAACCAUUGACACGUUCUACGAGUACUCACGGCCACAGCGGGAGCGCAUCUCCUGUGUCUGCUACCCACUACAAAUGCUCCAUACAACCAUUUCCUAUUGACUUCAGCAGCACGCAGCCAUUUGGCAGCGACCAGCUGGGUCAAGGACUCUCCAGUAUCAUGGGGGAAAGCCUCGUCACGCUUCAGGAUAGAUGGCUAGAUAACGAGCAAGUCAAUAAUAGCACGACAAACACCUCCACAGCCUUUGGCCAGAACCCACAAAGCUUCACAGAUCCAACAAAUAAUACUCUUUACUACACUGUACCAAAUGCAGAACCGCCUGUAUUCAAUAACGAGCCCUCCACAGACUCCUUUGCCUGGUCAGACUCGGGCUCCAUGCUCGACAUGAUGGAACCACUGGACUGGACAGAAUUUGGGGACCUGACAAGUCAAUCAGCCAGCUACACUGAGCUCGUCACCAAUUACACCCAAGGACUGAGUGAUACAGCCCUGCCGGAAACAACAACUUGCGAUAGCGCCCUACAAAAGACAUCCACAUUCAUGGUUGUCAGAGAGUAUAUCCACGACAACUGCAACUUUUGGCGUCGACUCGCCGGGUCAGGUUUAGUGUCAAAAGAUCACAAAUCGCGUUCCUCAUGGUGGGAAACACCACCAUCCCGCAAGGAGUGCAGGCAGACAUCAUCAUAUAUCCAACAACUGCGAGCUGUGGAACACACUCGUAAAGCAGAAUCACGUGGUAUUGUCGCUGUUGCUGAAGCUUACAUCAGAUGGGGGUUUCUUCAAAGUGUCGAAGAUACAAAGCUCUAUAUGGCAGAACUGGGAGACUUGCUAUUCGACACCGAAACAGACCGUCAAGAUUUCUGUAGAUGGAUUGGGGGGUUUCGGGUGACAAUGAGAAACCAUUGGCAUGCCCAUACUGCUCUCAUAGGGACAAGUAUGAGGGCAACCUGCGAAGACACAUAAAGAACAAACAUGGGGUUGAGUACGAAAGAUCGAAGCACAAGAUGGAGGCUCCAGGACCAUGAAAGUUUCGGGAUAGCUUCAUGAAGCCAACAGCAGUGAUAAACUCGGGUAAGACUCUGAGGACAAAACUAUAAAUGACUACAGUGACGGGCAAACAGUGGCCCAAGAACUCAACGGAAUGAGUUUAGAUGUGUAUAUUGAUGGUUUAAUGGGUUAAAAACGGAGGAUACUUGUUUGGAAUGGUAGGAAAACCUGGCAUAUAGACGAUUGGGAUUUAAUUAAAUACAUUCAUCAUAGAUCUGCAUUGAAG